AAGCUGCUAGGGACUCCGACGAGUGAGCACACAAGGACGCAGGUCCCACCCAGACGAGACACCAUGCGCCUCCACUGCCCACGGCUCCUCCUGAUCCUAGCACUGUGGCCGAUAAGACACGUGGCUUUGUUCAACUCAGCACGUAGCUGGACCGUUGCCCAUCCCGAGACCCUCUUCGCCUGGGAGGGAGCCUGCCUCAGGAUUCCUUGCAAGUACACAAUACAAAAUCCCAGAGGAUCUCUGGACAGCAUCCUACUGCUUCAACAUUUCAAUUAUGAUGACAGCACCAAGGACUUCAAGGGGAGUACCCUCUUUCAGGGCCCAAAGUCUACCUCAUCCCCUUCUAAGAUGGAGAGAGUAACAUUUCUGGGAGACCUAAAAAGUAACUGUACGCUGAAAAUCCACCCAGUACAUGCCAAUGACAGCGGGAAGCUGGGGUUGAGGAUGUUUUCAGGCGAUGACAAGUGGAUGGAAUACAUACAGCUCAAUGUCUCUGAGACACCCUUCCAACCUUCCAUCCAGCUGCCACCAGAAAUCCAGGAAUCCCGAAGGAUCACUCUGACCUGUGGACUGAACUUCGCCUGCUUUGAGUACGACCUCCGCUUUCAGUGGUCCCUGAAAAAGCCCGGGGUCACCUCUGUCACCUCCAUCACCUCUUCCGUUGAGAAAGUCUGCACAGAGAGCAAGCUCACCUUUGAAGCAGAGUGGUGGGACCACGGAAAGACGGUGAAAUGUGAAGUGUGGCACUCUGCCCGGCUGCUCUCUGAGAGAACAGUGAGUCUGGACGUUAAACACACCCCGAAACUGAACAUCCGGGUCAGUCCCACAGAGGUCAAGGAGGGCGAGCUUGUGACCAUGGCUUGCGAGGUUAACAGCAGCAACCCCGCAGCCGGGGCCGUGUCCUGGUUCAAGGAUGGGCAGCCCCUGGAGGAACAGGGAUGGAGACCCACCCUGUCUCUGCGGGCGGUGAGGAACAUGAGCGGGAGAUACCAAUGCCGCGCUUCCAACACCGUAGGCCAAGGAGAGUCAACAGAAGUGGCCCUCACGGUGCUGUUCCCUCCGGAACUGUCCCAGGUUCACAUCUACCACUCUCCCGCUGACGAGGGACAGUCCAUAGAGCUGAUCUGUACGUCACCGGCCAGUCCACGUGCAACAAAUUAUACCUGGCUUCACAACCGGAAGGAGGUGCCCGGGGAGACAAGAGAGAAGUUCCACAUAGCUCAAGUCUCCCUGAGGCAUGCUGGGAGUUACGCCUGCUUGGCAGAGAACCCUCUGGGUCGUGGACAGAUAGGCGAGGAAGCUGAGCUGGAUGUCCAAUAUGCCCCCAAGGCGGUAACCACGGUGAUCCAAAGGUCCACGCCAAUUCGGGAAGGAGACAGCGUGACCCUGGCCUGUCACUACAACUCCAGCAAUCCAGAAGUCACCAGCUACCAAUGGAGGCCUCAAGGUUCCGGGUAUGAGCUCACACCGGGAGUGCUGCAGAUCCUGAGAGUUGCGUGGGACACGGGGUCCAUCAGCUGUGCGGCCUGUAAUCACUGGUGUUCGUGGGCCUCCCCGGUCAGCCUGAAUGUCCACUAUGCCCCCAGAACCGUGAAGGUCCUGAAGGUCAGCCCACUGGCAGAGAUCCGUGCUGGGCAGCAUGUCCUCCUCCGGUGUGACUUCUCAAAGAGCCACCCGGCAGAAGUCAGCUUCUUCUGGAAGAAGAACGGGAGCCUCGUGCAGGAAGGGAGAGACCUGAGCUUCGAGUCCAUCUCCCCGGAAGAUUCCGGGGACUAUGUCUGCACGGUCAGAAACGCCAUUGGAGAGACCCCAUCGCAGGCCUGGGGCCUCCAAGUGCUGUACGCUCCCCGGAGGCUGCGUGUGUCCAUCAGCCCCGGGGACAGCGUGAUGGAGGGCAAGAAGGCCACCUUGUCGUGUGAGAGUGACGCCAACCCCCCGGUCUCGCAGUACAUCUGGUACGACCCCAACGGUCAGGACCUCCACUUCUCAGGCCAAAAGCUGAGGCUGGACCCGCUGAGGGUCCAGCACUCGGGGUCCUACCGCUGCCGGGGUACCAACCAGAUCGGCUGGAAUGAAUCGCUGCCUAGCGUCCUCAGCGUCUACUAUAGCCCAGAGACCAUCGGCAAGCGGGCCGCCAUGGGGCUGGGAGUCUGCCUGGCUGUCUGCAUCCUGGCUUUCUGGGGGAUGAAAAUCUGGAAAAAAUGGAAGCGUCACCAGAGCCAGCAGCAACUUCAGGAAAAUUCCAGCGGCCAGAGCUUUUUUGUGAGGAAUAAAAAGACAAGAAGGACCCCUCUCUCAGAAGGCCCCCAGCCCCAAGGAUGCUACAACCCCGCGAUGGAUGAGACCGUUAGCUAUGCCAUCUUGCGCUUUCCGGAGACCGACACGCCCAGCGCCGGUGAUGCAGGGCCUUCAGCAGCACAGGGCCCUCCUCCAGACAACGACACGGCCACCUACUCCGUGAUACAGAAGCAUCAUCCGAGUGACUACGAGAACGUGACUCCAAGCUGUCCCGAGGAUGAGAGCAUCCAUUAUUCUGAGCUGGUUCGGUUUGGGGCUGGGACACGGGCCCAGGCAAAGGAAGAUGUGGAGUAUGUGACCCUCAAGCACUGAUGUUGGUGGUAACUGGGGCAAAGAGCUCUGAGGCCUAAAGAAAGACCUAUAACUGCUUUGGCUGCUGCAGCUCAGCCAUGACGUCACAGGCAGCUCCAUAGGCGUGUGCGCCCACACAGUCAUUCGAAAGCCUUGUGUCUGGCCAGAGCCAGCCAGCCGCUCUCUGGACCUCUCACUCCACACAGAACAGUGUCCCAUCUGCCAUGGGCCACCGUUCACCCAUCCCGAGCCUCGCUUCCGCUGGACGAGUUCCUGCCGUGAUCAGCUGGGACUGUCACUGACGUUUCUUCUUCUCUGUCCCCUUGAAACUCCACCCCGAACUCACGAAUCUUAUUACCAGAUUUCUGGCCUUUGGGGGAGAUCCCCAGGAAGGGCAGAAAUAAGGAAGCAAGAGGCACUGUCCCCAGCUGCCUUUUCUCCUACAAACACGGCUAGCAGCAACUUGGGCCUUCUGUGAAACUGGUGCCUUCCCACAGAGGUCCUGGGCACUGAGCAGACAGGACGACGUGGAUCUACAUACGCACAUACAUACAUACAUACAUACAUACAUA